UACCAUCAACAACCAAGGCGAAGCUGGUGGUGGUGGGAGGGGGGGGCGUGAGCCCAUGGAGCGAGUGGAGCAUGCGCGUGUGGAAGAAGCCGGUGCUGCAUGUGGGGGACACUCUUGUGUUUAAGUGGUGGGGCUUCCCCAAUGACGUUGUGGCAGCACUCAAUAAGAAGCAAUUCGAUACAUGCAACUUCACCAUAGCAAUUAUGCUGCACAGCACCACUUGGGUGGGCAAAUUCAAGAUUGCGAUACCGUCAGGCACCAAGCGAGUGUUCUUUGCAAGCAGCAUGCGGGAAAGGUGCCGGAGGGGACUCAAGUACGACACAGGUACUAUUUUACCCUGA